GUUUUGCGUCACUUUGCUGCGCCAUGUGCAGGAAAUACUAUCAACAGUGUCAACUAGCGUGACACCCGACCACAGAAAAUGUGGUUUAAUGUCCAUAUAAGACGAUACAAGUGACAUAGAAAGUGUACAUAUAGAACAACAUUAUACCGAGUACAGCUGAUGGCUACACACUGUAUGUAAGGAAUAGUGAUGUAGAGGGGGUGUUUGUUCAGAUUAAUCAUGUGGAGAAGAUCUCUGAGUGCAGGCUCCAGAUGCUUUGGACCAAAGGGAAUUUGGGGCUCCCAUUCAUUGUGUACAUGCAGUGCUCCAGCCUUACCUGCAGGCAGGAUCACAGCACUUCAGGCAGUGGACUUAUGGAGCAGACACUUUGCGGAGAAAGGUGUGACAGAGCCUGACCACUCUAGCCACUACAUCAUUGCUUAUCUGCUCGGGGCUAAAACUAUAGAAAGUCUUGAGCAGGGGAAGUUAACAGAGUUUCUCAGCCGAGAAAAAACAGAGCAGAUAUGGAAGCUUUGCACCAGACGCCUAUCCAGAAUGCCGGUGCAGUAUGUGAUUGAGGAGUGGGACUUCAGAGAUCUGACGCUGAAGAUGAGACCUCCUGUGUUCAUCCCAAGACCUGAAACUGAGGAGUUGGUUGAACUUGUGCUCACUGAUCUGGAGAUGAGGCCCGGGACUGGAGUGGGUACAGAUGCCCAGCAUACAUGCUUGGAAGUGGGAUGUGGCUCUGGUGCCAUUUCUCUUAGUCUGCUGAAGAGUCUGCCUCAGCUUAAAGCCAUUGCUGUGGAUCAAAGCCAGGAUGCGGUGGAUUUAACAAGAGAUAAUGCGAUAAGGUUGGGGCUUCAGGACAGAUUACAGAUUUAUCAUAUAGAUGUAAUGAGAGAUGCAGAAACUGUGUUGAGCCUCUGUAGCCCUGUUUCAGCUUUGGUCAGUAACCCUCCGUACCUGUUCUCAGAGGAUAUGACGUCAUUGGAACCUGAAAUUUUCAGGUUUGAAGACCACGCUGCUUUAGAUGGAGGUAAAGAUGGCCUAAAAGUGAUCAAACAGAUUUUGAGUCUGGCUCAACGGAUUCUAUCAAAUCAUGGUCGUGUUUACUUGGAGGUGGACCCCAGACACCCCCUGCUCAUUCGACGGUGGGUGGAGGCGAAUGUGGAAGAGAUGCAUUAUCUGGAAACACGGCACGACAUCACUGGCAGGCCGCGAUUCUGCAUCCUUCAGAAAGAGAAGUCAAACAAGCACCACAAGCUGGAUCUCGAUUGAGAAACUGAGAUCCUAUUACGCUGGCUUUAGCCCAGGUCGCCUCAGCUUCAGCUCCCCUACCCCCACUGAGCCACCAAGCACGUGCUCCCACUGAUUAGAUCAUUCAAAAAUUCACAAUUUGCAGAAGCUCAAAUCAUUUUCAUGUCACUGCUGCACUUUUAAUCUAGUAACAUUUGUGACCACAUCCUGCACCACAAUAAAAAAAAUGUGUGCGAGGUAGCACAAAAGCAGGCUCAAAGCUGAAGGUAAUUACCGAGGCUUUUCUUAGAACCCUGACUCUCAGAAUCUCACCCUCCUCCCAGGAAGCAUUCAGUAGUUCUGUGAAUCUGCUGAUGAACGGUCCUCCCCUUCGCUUGUCCACUCGCUGACUCAGAUGCAGGCUGUACGCAUUGUUGAGCAAAAACACACAAUGUGGCCUUUACUUCCUCACACAAUCUGCAUCUCUCGCACACUUAAAGCUCAAAGGCCACAAAGUCUUUGUGUUUCAAAGGUGAUAGAGGGUGAAAAUAUUUCGUAACAAAGUGUCACAAGAGCAGCCAUCAUGUGGUGGUUAAUAAUGAUGGUGAUGACAGUAUUUCUCUUUACCCUGUGAGUAAUACUGGCAUUUUAGGCAGCACAAGAGAAAAAGGAUAUAAACGACAGCAAGUUAGACUCCAAUUGCUUUUUUUAAUAGAAAAAUGUACACAUGUAAAAGGUAGAAAAAAUGUCUUACUGAGAAAAAUAAAAUGGCGUAAAAGAUG